UUAUCUUCGUUGCAGUCUCGCGCGGAAAGCGUCUUUUAUGCUCCGGCUGACCAGAUUCUGAUGCCGCCCCUUGUUUCGAGCAUGAAGAAUCUUACGAAGACUAAGAGCCGCGGCAGGAGAAUCGGGGAAAACGUACGUAAUGAGCUGACCGUUUCUCGCGACGAUGGAAAAGAAUUUAUUCUGCAUGUAAUUCAUCGCGUCAUCUACGAUUCGGAGGAGUGCCGGUUGUCCGUCUGCACGCCCGGGGCUUGGUUUGCAGACAUGAUUCGCACUGGAAGAGACGAGGGCCAGAAGGUGAAUUUCUGCUUGGCGAUCGAAGGCGAGCACGGAUGGCGUCCUCUAAUGUCGGCAAUUCCGAUGAACGAGUGGUAAUCAAGAACAUGGAGCUAACGCCUGCAAGGCUGCUCUGGUUGUGAUCGUCGCAGUUCGUCUUGACUUUGUCACUUUUCUUGCUUUUCCACUGAACAACUCAUAAACAAAAAAACGCUUGUUCCUUACGUCAUUUCCCGCGAAGUUGUUUCGUAAGUACAUAGUUCUAGUUGCUCUACUACUACACACUUUCAACAUCAUUCGGUUUGGGCGAAAAAACAUGAUAAAAGAUCUGAUAUGUAUACUACAGUAACCGGCACUGGGAAGUACAUAGAUCGCAUCUGCAGACGCUUGAUAGCUAGCAGUAGAUAGCAACAGGGAUCUUAUGUAGUAUCUUUACUUGCACCAUUACGCAUUUUUCAUAGAUAUAGUAACCAAUUUCUUCACUUCAUUCACAUCAAUCUUUCAUUUCAUGUCGCAUGUCAAUUUCGAUAAUAUCUUUUCCAGAUGCGAGCUCAUCCUCAUUUCAUUGCGUCAUUCUUGACGUCGCACUGUCACUACCCUCAUUCUGUGGAUAAUUCUUGGUCUUCCUCGGGUUGUUACAUGCAUUUUCUCGCACAUGAUGCGAGCUCAUUCCAUUGAAAAUCUCGAAACCCUACAAAAAGCAAAUCUGAGAAGGAGAACUUGAAAACAAAAAUUAAUCGCGUAAAGCAACGUUUCACCAGCAGAAGCGCUAUUGC